GAAAAAUUAGGUGGGAGGGAGCGCACGGAGAGAAGAACAAUAGAAAAAGCACGAGAAAACCUCCUUUGACUCCAUUUUCAAUGCUUAGCUCUCCGAUCUCUCCUUCUCUCUCCCCCACCUUCGCUGGAGCUCUGUAGCCUCCGGUGAACGCCAUGAGCUCGGCGGCAGCUCUCCCGAUCUCCGCCUCGCCACUGCGGCUACGUCGUCUUCAGGUGUCGGAGCCUCGCAGAGGAGGGAGCAGAGCGGUGAGAACAGUCGCGCCGCCGAGAGCUGCGCCUUCGGACGGGAGACCACGCGGACGUAGCGAGGUUGUCGUCGUCGGCGACGGGAGCGACGAGUGGCCUGCCGUAAGGACUUCGAGACUGGACCUCGUGGAGGACAUCCGUGCACAGAUGAAGGCCUUGGCUCGUGCCGCCGAUGCUCCAGUUUAUAGCGCCGAUCGGCUCGAUUACAAGUACCGAUCACGACCUCUGGAGGUGGUGAGGAGAGCUCUGGAGGUAUUGAUAGCAUUGGGCUCAUUUGCAAUGAAGCUGUUGCUCGAUAAAAAAGGGGGCCGUGUGGAGCAGAACAAGCGAAAGCGAGGUGCAGAAUUUAGGAUGAUGUUUACUCGAUUGGGUCCAACCUUCGUCAAAAUAGGGCAGGCAUUAUCAACAAGGCCUGACUUAUGCCCUCCUGAGUAUCUCUCUGAGCUCUCCGAGCUUCAGAAUGCAUUGCCAACAUUCCCUGAUGCAGAGGCAUUUGAAUGCAUCGAGAGAGAGCUGGGACAGCCACUGGAUACAAUUUUCUCUUCAAUAUCUGCAUCCCCAAUUGCAGCAGCAAGUUUAGGGCAAGUUUAUAAGGCUCGAUUAAGACACUCUAGGCAGGUGGUUGCAGUAAAGGUGCAAAGGCCUGGCAUUGAAGAAGUUAUUGGACUUGACUUUCACCUUAUAAGAAGUCUAGGUUUUCUCAUAAAUAAAUAUGUAGACAUGGUGACAACUGAUGUCGUUGCUCUGGUCGAUGAAUUUGGACAUAGAGUUUAUCAGGAGCUCAACUAUGUGCAGGAGGGACGGAAUGCUAGGCGAUUUAAAAUACUUUAUGCUGACAAACAAGACAUCAUCGUCCCAGAUAUAUUUUGGGACUACACAAGUGCCAAAGUAUUGACAAUGGAGUGGGUCGAUGGAGUCAAAUUGAGUGACCUGGAAGCUAUUGAGAGGCAAGGUUUAAAUGUCUUAGAAUUAGUGACAACUGGUGUCGAGUGCACUCUCAGACAACUGCUGGAGUAUGGAUAUUUUCACGCAGACCCUCAUCCUGGUAAUCUCUUGGCAACACCGAGUGGAAAACUUGCCUUCCUAGAUUUUGGAAUGAUGAGUGAAACUCCGGAGAAGGCAAGAUUUGCUAUUAUCGGUCAUGUUGUUCACCUGGUAAAUCGAGACUAUGAAGCUAUGGCCCGUGACUAUUAUGCUCUGGAAUUCCUAUCACCUGAUGUGGAUGUUUCUCCAAUUGUACCGGCUCUCCAGAAUUUGUUUGAUGAUGCACUGAGUGCUACUGUGAGUGAACUUAACUUCAAAACAAUUGUGGAUGGUCUCGAUGUUGUCUUCUAUCAAUUUCCAUUUAAAGUGCCUGCAUAUUACGCGCUAAUAUUGAGGUCCCUUACCGUAUUAGAAGGCUUAGCUAUAUGUGUGGACCCAAACUUUAAGGCACUGGCAGCCUCAUAUCCAUACUUUGCUAAGAGGCUUCUCACUGAUCCAAAUCCAUAUCUAAGAGAUGCUCUGGUUGAGUUGCUGUUUAAAGAUGGAAGGUUCAGGUGGAAUCGGCUUCAAAACCUACUCGAACAGGGUAGAAAAGACAGAGACUUCUCCGCCAAAGAGGCCUUACAACCUGUUCUGCAACUGUUAGUUGGUCCAGAGGGUGAAGAGCUCCGGGUUUUGGUUAUAGAGGAAUCUGUUCAUAUCGUAGAAGCUAUUAUCUUAAGUUCUGCUGUUGAUGCAUACAAAUCAAUCCCUGAUUAUUUGCGGAUACCACUUUUUAUUGGCAAUCUGAGAGGUCUCGCUGCAAUGAGGGAUGGUGAGCUAGAAAGCAUGACCAAUCUUCGGGAUCAAGUGUUAAGAAUAUGGAAUCUUCUGCAAACCUCAGAAAAUUUUGACCCAGCCAUUUUGUUGCCAAUUUUACGGAUCCUUCAACAACCUGAGGCACACUAUUUAGGGGUAGGGGUCUUGGGAGGAGUUAUGCAGCGUCUUGCUGCUCGUAUGCUGCAACAGUUGCUGCAGACAUCCCCAUCGGCCACUCUUCCUGCCUCAACAUCCCAAUAGCUAAACAAUUUGGGGAAGUUAGAACCGAGGUGCUGUUUACAGAAGCAUGAUUUGUGCGUGCACAUGUUGGUAUAUAUAUGUAGUCGAAGCUAGAAAUUGCUGCUUCUUCUUAGGUAAUCACCAUAAUCACCGCUUCCCUUUCAACACUGGUUGGCUUCUGAAACCCCAUUGUCAAUAGUGAUGUUUUGUCAGCCCUUUCCAAAAUCUAAUCAUUUUUAUUUCAACCGCGGAAAAUGUCUCAGCGAUAUUUAUUGAUAUGUGGAGUUAGAAGAGACAUUUCAACUGAAAAUUAGAAUAGUUUUUCUUGAAUCGGGGUUGGUCGAGAUGUUCGUAUUUCUUGUUGACUUCUGAGGGCUUGGGUUCAAAUCAUUGCUUUUUGCCCAUUAGCAUUGGGGUUCCCUGCGGUUACAAGUUGUCGUUCUCAGAAGUUAGCACUGAUUAAGACUCUGUUUGAGAAGUAAAAAAUUUUGCUUAAUUUAAUUUGUUACCAGACAAAGGGGGCCGAUAUUUUGAAGGAGGAGGGACUCACCAGUUGCCUUU